AUGUCAUUGAGAUUAGCUUUGAAUAAUUGUAAACCAAAAAAUAGUAAUAAUGUGAAAUUAUUUAACAAGAUCAUACCGACAAAUAUCGACACAUUCGUUGCAUUUCCUGUAGCUUUGUUCAAGAUCAUUGAGUUAAAAUUUGAAAUAUCUAAAGUUCCUGAAACAAGAAGUCAAAGUUUUAAAAAAUUUGCAGUUUUCAUGAUUAAUGUGUUUAAUGCAGUUCUAGUCAGUGCUUUAAUAACAAUUGUUCUAAUUCGUUCCUAUAAUGUUAUAUUCGGAAUAGCCUUUUCCUUAUCAUUUAUGAUGAUUAUUGCUCGCUACACGACAUUCUUCAUUUACCGAUCAGAAAUAGCAGAGAUUUUAGAAAUUUUUAGAAAAUCAUUCAAUUCUGAAGAAAAGUAUGCAGGAACCUUACAAAAUUAUCUCAAGCGUGUAAAAAUAAUUCAAUGUGGCUAUGCUGUUUUUGUUCCAACUCCACUGGUCCUCUCAGCUAUUAAAGUUUUCUUAAAAUACAUUUUAUUUAAUGAGCGUCAAUUUGAUCCAAAGAUUUACUUUCCAUUUGAUGCAACUCGGCCAGAAGUCUAUCCAUUUGCCUUGUUUUGGGUAUAUUGGUCUAAAACAACGUCGGAACUGAUCAAUAUUGCAGAUAUGGGGAUGUUGUUUGGAAUGCUGUCAUUUAUUCUAGCAAGAUUUGAUAUUUUGGGUCAAAAAUUUCAAAACCUUAAAGGAAUUCGUGACAAAUCACAUUUUAAGACAAAACUUUUGGAACUAAGAGUAGAACAUGAACUUCUGUUGAAGCUGACAGCUCAAAUGGACAAGAUUUUUUCACCAUCGUUUUUCUUCAGCAUCGUCAUGAGCUCAUAUUCGAUCUGUUUCCUAGCAUUUGAAGCUUCAAUCGCUGAAAAUAUUGAUCAUGUAAUCUUUUACUCAAGUUUUGCAGCUGUUUUGUGCUUUACGAUGUUCCUGCAGUGUCUUUAUGGACAGAAAAUUAAAAUCAUGAGUGAAAAAGUUGCUCAAUGUGUUUAUGAGUGCGGAUGGGAACAAAUCAGUGACUUUAAAAUGAGAAAGGAUUUAAUUUUUAUUAUAAAACGAGCUCAAAAGCCUGCAACCUUUACAAUUUUAAAUUUUGGGGAGGUUACACUUGAGCAGUACGGAAAGGUAAAAUAA